AUGAUACGACUCUCCCAGCUGCCGGGGAGCCUGCUGGCUUCCCUGCUGGCAGCAACCCUCUUCAAGGCCCAGCCGACAUGCGCCGGACCGUCUGUCGAGAUCGCCAUGAAGGCUGCAUUUCCCUCGCCUCCGUAUUUGAUAGAGCUGCUGGAGACUGCCGCCCACGAGAAUGCCUCCAGCUACUUUCCGCUCCUCGACCGCAUCGCAGACGGCUACUUCUCCGAGCUCAAGACCGACGCCGAAUUAUACGAGAGCUUCCUGUCCGUGCUUCAAGAAGACGGGCACAUAACGAGCGACGAGGGCUUGUCUAUCUUCAAGCUGGCCCUAUCAACGAGGUCGGCAGUCCCCCGGAUCGAGGCACAUUACCAGUAUUAUCAAACAGGGGUCGAACCCACGCUACAAGGGAACCAGGACGGUUGUGAUGCAUGGACAAUAUGGCUGGGCCAGCAACAUUGUAUUCCCUCUCUGGACGCAGGCCAAGCUCGGGGCCAUGUACCGGAGCGACAGGACCGGGAUCUGCCGUUCGACCGCUCUCUCGGUGAUGGCCCUAGCUGCAUUCUGUACGCAGACAUCACCUCGCCUCGAUUUGCACCAUUCCACAGGGUCCUGUCAGAGAAGGCACUAAACAGGGAAUGCACCUACAAGCUCCGCCACCGCAGGCUGUCCUACGAGAACCUCGAGCCGUUGCCCGUCAGUGGCUAUGGAGUUGCGCUCCAGCUGAAGAGAACCGACUACAUUGUCAUCGACGACCGCAAGGCGGAGGAAGAUGCAUCCCAGAAGGUCAUAGCCUCCGAAGUCGUCUUGGACCAGGAGGAGGAGGUCGCUGAUCUCAAGCCCCUGUCUACGUCGGAACUGUCCUCCCUUGGUCUGAAGGCUUCAUCCUUCAUCAUGCAGAGUGAUGACCCAUUCGGCACCCUCCUGAAGCUGACCCAGGACUUCCCGAAACACUCUAGCUCGCUUGCUGCCCAUGACGUCUCGGAUGACUUUUACAGCGAGCACAAGGGCAACCGCGCCGAACUGGUGCCCGCAGGGACUAACGUGCUGUGGAUGAACGGCGUUCAGCUCGUUGAGAGACAGAUGGACGCCUUCACCCUGGUUGACUUGCUGAGAAGCGAGCGGAAGCUCAUCAACGGCGUUACUGACCUGGGCUUGACCGGGGAAGAGGCAAUUGCCCUCCUCACCCACCAAUCUGUGGCUGCUGCCAAGGCGACUGACGACGUUCAGAGAUUUGUCUGGCACGAUGGGCCGGAGGAUGGGAAGGCCAUCGUUUACUUGAACAAUGUUGAGAAGGACAAGCGAUACGAGGCAUUCCCCAAGCACCUGAUGAGCCUCCUCCAAGGUGGCGGCAUGCCUGGCUCCCUGCCUCAGAUUCGACGUGAUAUCUUCAAUUUGAUCUUUCCCGUGGAUCUCAGCAAGGAGGAUGAUGUCGCCUUGGUGGGCAAGCAGCUCCAAGACUUCGUCAAGCGGAAGCUUCCCGUGAGGUUCGGCAUUGUGCCUCUAGCUUUCACCGAAGCCUCCGAGCGUCAAGCGAAAGUAGUCUACAACCUUGUGGAGACAUAUGGUCUGUCGGCGAUGAUGGCAUAUCUGCAGGCUGCUAUCGAAGCCAAGAAGACUGGAGACGCGGACAAGGGACUGUUCGAAGCAGCGGUUGCGAACAGGACAUUGCGAGAAGACACCACCGCUCUGUCUUUUGAAGAGGUUUUGGCGUCUGAGCACCACGGAGAACAAACUCGUCUUUCCCAGGUUUGGGCCGAUCGACUACGCGCACAUGGCCCAACCCCUGUCUUCUUUGUUGACGGCCUUCCAAUGUCACGUCAAGGCAACUGGCUGCCGCCUAUGAGCCAGCAGAUUGGAAUCGAUCUGCAGACCCUACGACAGGCCAUCUUCUACGGUGAGAUCGAGGAGGACCAGUGGAUCCCUGACUACUUCUUGCAGAAUGCAGCCAAGCGCCGCAACACUGUCAUAUUCCCAAGCGAUCCAAAUGAUCUGGAUAUGCUGGAUGUGAACAAGCUGCACUCGGAGCAUGCAGAGCUUUUCGAAAUGAUCCCUGUGCUCGAGUCGUACCCGGAGUCCACCAAGGAGAACUGGGCUGUGUUGACGCUCGUUCUCGACCUGGCCAACCCUGAAGGCGUCAAGCUCGCUGCCUCAGCGUUGCAAUUCCGGGUCAACAACCCUGGCAUCCGCCUGGAAAUCAUUCACAAUCCUGUGGACUCAGAGGAAGCGCACAAGAUCAAUUCGGCAUUAAAAGCUAGCCAGUCUGACCUCGCAGCUGCGGAUUCGGAGGAGCUGUUGAAGAUCAUUAUCGAUACCACUGAGGGCUUGACAGAAGAGAACGAGCUCUAUGAUUCUGCUCUGCGCCGAUUCCUCUCGACUGCGGCCAUCCGACCUGGGCAAAACAUGCUCAUUCUCAAUGGCCGUAUUGUCGGGCCUGUUGAGUCAGCAGCAGACUUCAAUGCAGAUGAUUAUCAACUCUUCUUGGACAUCGAGCAGAAGUUGAGAAUACUGCCAGUCUAUAAUGCGAUCGAGGAUCUGGGUCUUGCUGAGAAGGUCUCUAGCCCUCUGGCGGCGGCCAAGGUUACGUCAAUCACCGCGCUGUCUACUAUGCCCGAUGUGCCUGAGGGUAUUUUCGAAUCUGGCUCUCCACUCAGAAUAUCUGCGUUCAACGUCUGGAACUCCACACAUACUGCGUUCGAAAUUGGCGACAAGUCGAAGGCGACAAUUCAGUUCGUGGCCGUCAUCAACCCUGCUAGUGAGCAAGGUCAAAGAUGGGUGCCCAUUCUGAAGGUGCUCUCUGAGCUCUCAGGAGUGUAUCUCAAGGUCUUCAUCAAUCCCAAGGAGAAGCUGGAGGAACUUCCGGUGAAGCGGUUCUACAGAUAUGUUCUCGACCAUGCCCCUGUCUUCGAUGAGUCAGGGAAAGUCAAGUCUCCCGCGGCAGAGUUCAAAGGCCUGCCAUCCGAAGCACUGCUGAACGUUGCAAUGGACGUACCUCCUGCAUGGCUCGUAGCCUCCAAGGCUUCCGUGCACGAUCUGGACAAUCUCAAACUCAGCUCAAUUAAGAGUGACGUUGAGGUCGUCUACGAGCUCGAGAACAUUCUCAUUGAGGGCCACUCUAGGGAGUCCUCAGGGUCUCUGCCCCGUGGCGCGCAGCUGACGCUCAGUACUGAGAAGGAUUCCAAGGUCGCAGACACGAUUGUCAUGUUCAACCUGGGCUACUUCCAGUUCAAGGCCAAUCCGGGCUUCUACAACAUUCAGCUGAAGGAGGGUCGCAGCUCUGAUAUCUAUCAUAUCGAAAGUGUCGGUGCCAAGGGCUACAGUGCUGUUCCUGGUGAUGAGGGGACCGAGACUGCCCUGAUGAACUUCAUGGGCACCACACUCUAUCCGCGGAUCAACCGGAAGCCCGGGAUGGAGGAGGCCGAUGUUCUUGAGGAGGGCGACCAAGGAGGUGUUCUCGACGUCGUGUCUAAGGGACUCAAGUUCGGCAAGGAUCUAUUUGGUGUCAAGACCAAGUCUUCCUCGGACGAAGAGCACGCCGAGAUCAACAUCUUCUCUGUCGCCAGUGGCCACCUGUAUGAGCGCAUGCUGAACAUCAUGAUGCUCAGCGUGAUGAAGAAUACCAAACACUCAGUCAAGUUCUGGUUCAUCGAGCAAUUCCUGUCUCCAGCAUUCAAGGACUUCCUGCCUUUCAUGGCCGAGGAGUACGGCUUCAAAUACGAGAUGGUAACGUACAAGUGGCCCCACUGGCUCCGCCAGCAGAAGGAGAAGCAGCGUGAGAUCUGGGGCUACAAGAUCCUCUUCCUGGACGUGCUCUUCCCGCUUUCUCUGGACAAGGUCAUCUUCGUCGAUGCAGACCAGAUUGUCCGUACGGACAUGUACAGCCUGGUGCAGCACGAUCUCGAGGGCGCGCCGUACGGGUUCACGCCUAUGUGCGACUCUCGCGUCGAGAUGGAGGGCUUCCGCUUCUGGAAGCAGGGCUACUGGGCGAACUACCUGCGCGGGCAGCCAUACCACAUCUCGGCGCUGUACGUGGUCGACCUCCGGCGCUUCCGGGAGCUGGCGGCCGGCGACCGGCUGCGGCAGACGUACCACACGCUCUCGGCGGACCCGAAUUCGCUGUCCAACCUGGACCAGGACCUGCCGAACCACAUGCAGUUCCAGAUUCCGAUCCACAGCCUGCCGCAGGAGUGGCUAUGGUGCGAGACGUGGUGCAGCGACGAGUCGUUCUCUGAGGCCAAGACCAUCGACCUCUGCAACAACCCACAAACAAAGGAGCCCAAACUCGACAGGGCGAGGAGGCAGGUGCCAGAGUGGACCCCGUAUGACGACGAGAUUGCGGCCUUGGACCGCAAGAGGAAGGGAGGCAAGGCCGAGGGGUUGGACGGGCAGAAGGAAAAGGUUAUCGGGGGCGACGGAGAGGAGCUCAAGGAGCCCCAGGAGGACAAAAAUCCCAAGAGUAGGGCCUUUGAAGGGGAGGACCCUGAGGCUACGCUGGGGGGCCAUGUCAAAGAUGAGCUGUAG